AUGAAACCAUCUGAUCCAACUCUACUCGCGAUGAUUGAGAGACUUGCAGUGUUAGCGGAUGCAGCCGUUCCUCCAUCCGUGCAUGGCCUUCCUCUGCGUCUGAUCUCGAAUAAGCGAAAUUCUCUUGUCAGAACUUUAGAGAGCGCAUCAAAGGUGGAUUACUCCUCGCGGGUGUUAGCUCAGAUGCCUGUCCCAACGCAUAUCGUCAAUAAUGUUAGAUUGGUGACUUGUCGAGAGUUUGGCACCCGAGUGGGUAGAACUCGCCUUCCGGGUGUUGGAUCCAUAGAUCAGAUGGAACGCCAUUACCGUGUACUGGGACAUUUGUCGAUGGUUUAUUGUGUUACUUUCGAUCGAACAGGGAACUACGUUUUGACGUGA